GUUUGUUCCUGUUCCUCAAUGCGUCAGAGAGGCUGAGCCCCAUCAUCCUGAGCCCUUGGCUGAGAAGCAGCAGUGACCAAUGCAUAGUUCAAGUGGCCGUUUAUAAGUUUUACCAGCAGAGUGGAGAAUAUAUUGCUCGUGUCCUUCCCAUUGACGAAAGCAGCAGUGAAAUAUUAUCAGUGGAGAGUCCAGAGAAACAUGGAUGGGUGUUGCUUCAAAGGAGAGUUGGACAUCUAGAGAAACCAUUUCGGAUCUCACUGGAGUAUGUUGCUAAUGGGAACAAGAGCGUAGCGGCCGUGGAUUCCUUUGCAAUGAAGAACUGCAGUACGGGACCUGCUUCUGGCUCAAAAAUGGCUCUGGAGGGUUCCUUCAGCUGCUGGAAUGGAACGGCGAUCAGGCUGGGGCAGGCGUGUGACUUCAUCAGGGACUGCGCCGAGGGAGAAGAUGAGGGAGACAUGUGCAAAAAUCUUCCCUCUGGCUUUUACUGUUCGUUUGAAGAAGGAGACUGUGGCUGGAUGCAGGGCUCUUCUGCGUCCCAUCCUUCUCCAUGGCGGAUUGGAAGCCCGGAGCACAACCGUAUUCCUUCAAUAGAAGGUUGCGCACUCCUCCUUAACACCAGCAAAGCACCAGCAGUAGCAAACACUGUCAUGACCAGCACUGCAUUUCCAGCUCCUUUGAGGAACUCUCCCUGCGAGCUACGAAUGUCAUGGCUCAUCCAUGGUGUCUUGCUGGGAAAUAUAUCCCUGGUGCUGGUCGAGAACAAGACAGGAAAGGAACAGAGCCGGAUGUUCUGGCAUUCAGAUAACAGCGAAGGUUUGGGAAUAUGGCAGUGGAUGAUCUUACCUCUCCCAGAUAUACUGGAUAGGUUUUGGUUUCAGAUCAUCGCUUCAUGGGAAGAAGGAUCUGAUGCCAUUAUUGCUUUUGACAAUGUCUCCCUUAGUCUGGACUGUUAUUUAACAAUCAGUGGAGAGAAGACACCUCGAGGUACCACACCAGACUCAAGCAAUUUGCUCACCAGUAGAGGUGGCCAGAAGAAGUUUGGAUGGGAACAAAAGCUUCUGGGAAAUCUCCAACUCAACACUGCCCCCAUUUCUGGUCCAGCAGAUCAUUGGUUAUUCACAACAUGUGGUGCCAGCGGACCCUAUGGCCCCACACAGAGCCAAUGCAAUGAUGCCUACAGGAACUCCAACCUCAGUGUGAUUGUAGGAGCUGAAGGGAUUCUCCAAGGCAUUCAGAUCUGGAGAGUACCAGCAACCAACACAUACAGCAUCUCAGGCUAUGGAGCUGCUGGUGGGAAAGGAGGGAAGAACACCAUGGUGCGGUCCCACGGCGUGUCUGUGCUGGGAAUUUUUGACCUCCAGAAGGAUGACACCUUGUAUAUCUUGGUGGGACAGCAAGGAGAAGAUGCUUGUCCUAGUAUGAAUGAUGUUAUACAGAAAGUCUGCAUUGGAGAGAACAAUGUUAUUGAAGAAGAGAUACGUGUGAACAGAAGUGUCAAGGAAUGGGCAGGAGGAGGUGGAGGAGGGGGAGGUGCAACUUACAUAUUUAAGAUGGAGAAUGGAGAACCUGUCCCCUUGAUAAUUGCAGCAGGAGGUGGUGGCAGGGCCUACAGGGCCAAAACAGACACAUUUCAUCCAGAAAGGCUGGAGAAUGAUUCCUCUAUUCCAGGGUUGAAUGGAAAUUCAGGAGCUGCAGGUGGUGGAGGUGGCUGGAAUGAUAACACUUCCUUCCUGUGGUCAGGAAAAUCCUUGCUGGAAGGUGCUACUGGAGGAAGAUCCUGCCCCCAGGCCAUGAAGAAGUGGGGGUGGGAGACAAGAGGGGGUUUCGGAGGGGGUGGAGGGGGGUGCUCCUCAGGUGGAGGAGGCGGAGGAUAUAUAGGUGGCAAUGCUGCAGUGGACAAUGACCCAGAGAUGGAUGGGGAGGAUGGUGUGUCCUUUAUUAAUCCAAUUGGUACUUUAUACACUCCAGCACUUAAAGUGACAGAGGGGCACGGAGAGGUGGAUAUUAGGCUGCAUCUUAACUGCAGUCACUGUGAGAUGGACGAGUGCCGUGUUGAUCUUGAGACUCAAAAAGUCAUUUGCUUUUGUGAGCCAGGCACAGAGUUGGCUGAGGAUGGUGUGUCUUGCAUAGGUAAGUAGGUGUAUGGGCCAGUGGUUCAUCUCCCUCUCUCCUUGGUCUUGUCUGUAGUGACUUCAGCAUUGGUGGCUGCUUUAAUUUUGGCUUUUUCAGGAAUCAUGAUAGUAUAUCGUCGGAAGCACCAGGAGCUACAAGCCAUGCAGAUGGAGUUACAGAGCCCAGAAUAUAAGCUGAGCAAGCUGCGUACCUCCACUAUCAUGACAGACUACAAUCCCAACUACUGCUUUGCAGGAAAGACCACAUCCAUUAGUGAUCUCAAAGAGGUGCCUCGAAAAAACAUCUCCCUCAUCCGGGGUUUGGGCCACGGAGCCUUUGGUGAGGUAUAUGAAGGUCAGGUGGCAGGGAUCCCCAGCGACCCCACUCCCUUGCAGGUGGCCGUGAAAACAUUGCCAGAAGUGUGUUCGGAGCAAGAUGAGCUGGACUUCCUCAUGGAAGCUCUCAUUAUUAGCAAGUUCAACCACCAGAAUAUUGUGCGCUGUAUCGGGGUGAGCUUGCAGGCACUGCCCCGUUUCAUCCUGCUAGAGCUCAUGGCUGGAGGUGACCUGAAAUCGUUCCUGAGAGAGACACGGCCUAGACCGAAUCAGCCCUCCUCCCUUUCCAUGCUGGACUUGCUCCACGUGGCUCGUGACAUUGCUUGUGGGUGUCAGUACCUGGAGGAGAACCACUUCAUUCACAGGGAUAUUGCUGCCAGAAACUGCCUCCUUACCUGUCGAGGGCCUGGGAGAGUGGCUAAAAUUGGAGACUUUGGAAUGGCCCGGGAUAUAUACAGAGCCAGCUACUAUCGGAAGGGUGGGUGUGCAAUGUUGCCCGUCAAAUGGAUGCCUCCUGAGGCUUUCAUGGAAGGGAUAUUCACAUCAAAAACAGAUACAUGGUCCUUUGGCGUAUUGCUCUGGGAGAUAUUCUCUUUGGGAUACAUGCCCUACCCUAGCAAAAGUAACCAGGAGGUUCUGGAGUUUGUCACCAAUGGAGGAAGGAUGGAUCCACCUAAAAACUGCCCUGGCCCUGUUUAUCGCAUUAUGACCCAGUGUUGGCAGCACCAGCCUGAAGACCGGCCAAAUUUUGCCAUAAUCCUGGAGAGGAUUGAGUACUGCACUCAGGAUCCAGAUGUCAUCAACACUGCUUUGCCAGUAGAAUAUGGCCCAUCAGCUGAGGAGGAGGAGAAGGUAGCGAUGCGUCCCGAUGAUCCAGAAGGAAUUCCUCCUCUCUUGGUCUCCACACACCAAGACAGAAAGAAUGACAAGCAAACUCUGCCAUCACCACCACCCCUGCCGUCAGCCAUCACUGCUGGAAAACCUCUAGGGAAAGUGGGAGCCUUGGAACCGCCAGUGCUGGGGAAGGUGCCGUCAGCCUCAGCGGGGGGACAUAUCAACAUGGCCUAUGCCCAGUCCAAUCCCCCUUCUGAGCUGCACAAAAGCCGGGGAUCCAGAAACAAGCCCACCAACCUCUGGAAUCCAACCUAUGGUUCCUGGUUUGCGGAGAAGCAGGCCAGCAAAAACAGUUCUCUGCUAGAGAAGGAGAUGCCCGAGAGGGAGAAUUUGGGACAGGAAGGAAACUGUAUUGUAGGGCCCAACAUUGUGACUGGCAGGCUGCCAGGCUCCUCCCUGCUAUUAGAGCCAUCUUCCCUAACAGCAAGCGUUAAAGAAGUGCCUCUCUUUAGGCUCCGCCACUUCCCCUGUGGGAAUGUCAACUAUGGAUACCAACAGCAGGGCUUACCCUUGGAAGCCUCCACGCCACCCUGCGCUAGCAGUUACGAGGACCCCGUCCUUAGAAACAAGAGCCACAUAACCCAGCAGGGGCUGUGA